AUGGCCGCGACGGCGUUGGAGGGUGUCAGCGUGACCCACCGGACGCUGGACGUGAACGGCAUCAAGAUCCACGUCGCCGAGGCCGGCUCCGGCUCCGGCUCGGCGGGUGGCACGGCGGUGCUGUUCCUGCACGGCUUCCUGGAGCUCUGGCACUCGUGGCACCACCAGCUGCGGUCCCUCUCGGCGCGGGGCUACCGCUGCCUAGCCCCCGACCUCCGGGGCUACGGCGACUCCACGGCGCCGCCGUCCCCUUCCUCCUACACGGCCUUCCACCUCGUGGGCGACGUGGUGGCCCUCCUCGACGCGUUCGCCCUGCCGCGGGUGUACGUCGUCGGCCAGGGCUGGGCGCGCUCCUGGCGUGGCACCUCGCCACGUUCCGCCCGGACCGGGUGCGCGCGCUCGUCAACAUGA